AUGACUAGGAACAUACCGGAGAACGAUGUUAACCAUCCUCGAUGGCUUCUGGAUAUUAAGGAUUGGUGUAUCUAUCCUUACGCAGAGGUCAAAAGCCAGGUUGAAUCGACUGGAUAUGGCAUCGUUUCAUACACUUGGGGGAUGUGGGCAGACUUUGACAAGCCAGCCGAAUACGUCCCAGGGAACCUUCUUUGGAAUAUCCCAACGGUGGAAGGGCUCCCUCUAGCGCACUGUCGUGAAGUUCUGGACAAUACUAUGGACAUCCGAUUUAUGUGGUGGGACUGGAUGUGCGUUCCUCAGGGGAAACGAGGCAAGAGAGUUACAUUGGAUGACGAGCUUGAACAAGUGAAGGGCCAAGAGAUCGCUAAGCAGAUGGCAAUAUACAAGGGCGCCAAAAAGAGCGUGGUUUGGCUACAUCGCACGAAGUGGGAUGAGAAUCCAAGACUAUCGAAGUACUUAAAGGGGGAUUUCGAGCCUCAUCAAGAUUUUGUGGACACCUUAACCGAUGUUCGUCUAUGCCUUGAAGGUAUCCAGAAGGAUGAACCUUGGGUUACAUCUGGCUGGACACUGCAGGAGGGAGUUCUGCUGGAAAAGACAGUCUUAUCGGAUUACUAUGGCAGAGGUCUUACUGGUAACUUUGAGCCCCUCCAUAAGUAUGCUACGGUUUCCCACCUUUCAAGGACUGCGACAGCGCUUGCCGACAGUCUUUCAACGGCAUUUGUGAAGCAUAGCCAGGGUUGGACAUGCUCGAAAGAUAUGCCACAAGGUACGGCAGAAGAAGUGAAGUGGACACUUGAUUUCAUCAGCGCCUCUUCGUCGAACUACGAGUACAUCGCUACCUUCCUCUCGCAUAUCAUCCGCUCCGGGUUUGUUUGCUACUGGUCUGGAGAUGCGACGCCGCUGUUUCUUCUUGCUGGGGCAAAUGGUCGGAGGUUCACAGUGCCAGAAGACAAAUGCUGGGCUUUGAUAGGUGCUUUGGAGUUGAAAAAUCUGAAUCCCUGGUACUCAAAGGCGAAGACUGAACACGCCAAGCAACAGGACCUCCGCAAGAUAAAGGCCGAGUUUUUCGUGCCUUUGCUGCAAAAAUACCAGUGGCAGUUAUUACUGGUGCCCACGGUAGAGGAUCCAAAGUUAUCCGGCAUGACAUGGCCUGAAAGAGUGGUCCAUGGAGGUGCCUUGCCCCUGGGACUUUAUUUCAUCCCAGACAUCGACGAAGAUUUACCUGUUCUUGAGUAUGAUCAAGAAAAGGACGAGCUUAUCAGCAAUUCGGUAAAGUUCAUCAAGCUGAAAAGCCCUGCCUUUUGCAGGCGUUACAGACAGAACAGCCUCGAUGUGCACACGGGGUUCGUUAAAGUGGACCGAAUCUCUGCGGAGAAUGUGGGCAGGCACUUGUACUGUCCGCUGAAUACUAUCCCAGUCCCUGAUGUUUCAAUCCCAAAACUCCAAGGCUGGGGCGAAGUAAAAGAAGGGCAACGGUGUGUUCACAUUGAACUUCCCGCAGGAAGUGAAACCUCUGGAUACUUCAAGGGAGUAGUUGACCUUUGGGGUCGACCUGACGCGUUCGAAUACCUUGACUUCUCGACAUUUACUAUCCGUGGUUCCAGGUCUUGA